AUUGAUCCCCCCAGAAGUAAAUGGUACAUCCCGUUGUGCAUCACUCGCAGUAUCCAAAAUGGCGUCGACAAGUAAGGAAGCCCCUGAGGACCACCGCAGGAAGUGGGAUGUGGAGGAGUAUGAGGAGAUGGCCAGGAAGAGGCUGGAGGAGGAGAGGAAAAAGGCUGAAGAUAGCCAACAUGCCCAGCCUCCAGUCAAGCGAGACUUCCUGAGAAGGAGAGAUUACAAGGUGGACCUGGAGUCUCAACUCGGGAAGACAAAGGUCAUAUCUAAGUCAGCUCCACUGUCUGACCAAGGAGGGUACUAUUGCAAUGUGUGUGACUGUGUAGUAAAGGACUCCAUCAACUUUCUGGACCACAUCAAUGGCAAGAAACAUCAACGUAACCUUGGCAUGUCAAUGCGAAUUGAGCGCUCCACCCUGGACCAAGUCAAGAAGCGAUUCGAACUCAACAAAAAGAAGAGGGAAGAGAAGAAGAAAGAAUAUGACUUUGAACAGAGGAUGGCCGAGCUCAAGGAAGAGGAAGCAAAGAUGAAAGAAUACAGGAAGGAGAAGAAGAAGGAAAAGAAGAGAAAGGCAGAUGAUGCAGGUCUUAACGAAGACAUAGACCCAGAGAUGGCUGCUAUGAUGGGCUUCAGUGGAUUUGGGGGAUCAAAAAAGUAACUCAACAGUAAUGUCUUUGUUUACAUACAUGUAGAGAUUGUGUUGGUAUUUACAAACCAGAAACUUGUGUCAAGUGGCUAGUUUUUUCUCUUCAUUUUUUGUCAAUAGUACAAGUACUCAAGUUGUGAUGGUUUUCAAUUUUGUGAUGGUGCUGUUUUAUUCAGUUUUUAGUACAGUAUCUUUUUUGUUUAUCAUCAUUGAUUUUCAAUGGUCAACAACUGACCAUGCAGCUAUGUUUCAAUAGCACCUGGUGAAUCAGAAGUCAUUCCUCUACAAAGUUAAGGGUGCUUCUUUUCAUGUAAAACUGGUGGUGCAUGUUUGUCCAUUCACAGUGACAGUUUUCAAGAAUACUUCUCU